AUGCAGUUCAUCGAGACGUACAUAUCCAACAAUCAAGGCUUCCAACUUGACAUCGUUGGUUUCCUAGCCAUCCUUGGAGAAGGUUCCGUUGAGACAAUUGCACAAGUUGCGACUUUGAGUCAUCUCAUAUACCUUCCUCGCCUCCUUCCUGCUCCCCAGAGCUUCAUCAAACCGUCCCGACCGGAGAAACUCGAGACAACCGCCAACGCCAAGGUGAUUGGGGUAUAUUCAGGCAACACCGGCGAAGACAUACACCAUGUUGCGCAUGCUUUGCAUCGCGGGGACAAACUGGCCCCCAAUACCGUCAGUUGCGUACGAGUCAAGGAAAAUAGUAAGCCUCGUCCAUCCAUCAAGAGGUUUGGGCCGUUGGCCUUGUUGGCAUUCGCUGGGUUCAUCAUGAGUGCUGCUCUUCUGGGGCUCUCCAUAUAUUAUGAGGACGGCAUGUCGUUGCUGGCAACACUUCUUCUUUCCACCUUGAGCUCGGUAACUGGAAUCGCCAACAAAUGGAAACCCACACCCAACGAUCCCAAACCUGACCCGCAUUCGCCUCCUGGGGAUGUUGUGAUUAAGUAUCCGCAAGGGGCGUUUAUCGUUGUGAGUUGUGAGGAACGUACGGCUCGGUAUCUGUAUUUCAACCCCAGCGAGCGCUGCAUUUACGCCGUCAAGAGUACGGCAAUCUAUAGAGGACUAUCCUUGAUUUCGACUCUCCUACUCAUGGGUGGAGUCAUCUCCCUCGCCAACGCGAGGAUCGAGACACAGACAGCUUUCGCCGGAUCAUACAUGUUGAUCAACAUUUUCUACUGGAUUGGGGCUGCUUUGCCCCCUGCUCAACACUGGGAUCUGUCUCGUCUGGAGGUGGAACAUAUCGAGAUAGCUGGAGGAACCCCACCUCGCAACGCACAGAUCGAUAACUAUUCUCCAACUUAUACCGAAGCUCUGUGGAAGGCCAUUGCUGUUACGGGGACCAGCAACUGGGUAAAGGAAGCCGGCUGGGCACCCAAGACUCCUGCUUGGAACGACUGGCUCAAUGAGGCAGAAGAAGCCGCCCUAGGAGAGCCCAUGAAGGUAAGCAAGAGGACGGAAGAUGGAAAGCAAGUGGAAGUUUGGACAAUCCGGAAUUGGGAUAGUAGGAAUGCCCUUUCCACGCUGCUUCGGACGACGACAGACAAAUUCCAGAAAAGAUGA